AUGAGAGAUUUCAGGUCGGACAAAUACAAUAAUAACAGGCCCAGAAGAGAUUUUACUGGGAAAUCUAGGUCGACGACUCCUCAGGUGGUUAACACGGUGUUUCAAGAGCCAGUACAUCAAGUCCUAGAGAAGAUCAAGAAUGAGCCAUACUUCAAAUGGCCAAACAAAAUGGGAGGAAACCUCAUGAGGCGCAACCAAAGUCUUCAUUGUCAGUACCACAGGAAUGAGGGCAUACCACCGAGGAUUAUAGAACUCUGUGGAAUCAUCUGGAGCAACUGGUCAAAGAUGGGAGGUUACAACAGUUUUUGUAUCGGCCCAAUAGGCAAGGAGACCAAGCAAGAUCAGGGGCUUAGGGGAAUGCUUCUUCGAGGCCUCCUUUGGGCACAAUUAAUGUCAUCUUUGCUGCUCUUGGGAAAACUGGACAAGAUUGGAACCAUACAACCACACAAUGAUGCUUUUGUGAUCACGUUCCGAAUAGGGGGGUACGAUGUGAAGAGGGUGUUAGUAGACCAAGGCAAUGGUGCAAAGAUUAUGUACCCUGACUUGUACAAAGGGCUGAACUUGAAGUCCGAGGAUUUGACAACUUAUGAUUCACCUUUGGUAAGUUUUGAUGGGAAAGUUAUCAUUCCAAGGGGUCAGAUUAGAAUGCCCGUGCAAGCAAGUUCAAAAGUAGUAGAGGUGGACUUCAUUGUGGUGGAUGCAUACUCUCCCUACACGGCCAUUAUGGCAAGACCUUGGCUUCAUGCCCUAGGGGCCGUUUCUUCAACUCUGCAUUUGAAGGUGAAAUAUCUGUGGGGGACCAAAUUGAAGAUGUGGAAAAAGGCAAAGUGUGAGAGGAUGAAGGAAGUUGUUAUAAAUGGUGAUUCGGAGAAGUUUUUUCAGGUCGGAGCUCAGUUGCCUCCUCGGGAGAAGGAGGAGUUGUUAGCAUUUCUUAGGAGGAAUAUUGAUGUGUUCACAUAG